CAAGCGCCCCGGCCUCAGCCAAGGCCGGCUCCAAUCCCAGACAAGCAGCCCGAGUUGGUUGGCUGUUGGAUAACACGACAGCUCCUUCCAACCAUCACAACCACCACAACCACCACAACCACCCCAUCAUCUAAUUGUACUGCUGCCAUCGCCGUGGUCAUCGCAGACCAUUCCCCCCCGUCGCGAUGGCUCCGGCACGAGAUACGCCGUUCCGCUCGGCGGACAUGAGCAUGGUGCAGCUCUACAUUUCCAACGAAAUCGGCCGCGAAGUCGUCAAUGCCCUCGGCGAGCUCGGCUUGGUGCAAUUCCGCGACCUCAAUGGCGACCUGUCCGCGUUCCAGAGGGCAUUCACCCAGGACAUCCGCCGUCUCGACAACAUCGAGCGUCAACUGCGCUAUUUCCACGCCCAGAUGGAGAAGGCUGGUAUCCCUCUCCGCAAGCUCGACCUGGACGUCGACACGCUCGCCCCGCCGACGACCGCCGAGAUCGAUGAGCUCGCCGAACGCAGCCAGGGCCUGGAGCAGCGCGUGGCCUCGCUCAACGAGAGCUACGAGGCGCUCAAGAAGCGCGAGGUCGAGCUGACGGAAUGGCGCUGGGUGCUGCGCGAGGCCGGUGGCUUCUUCGACCGCGCUCACGGCAACGUCGAGGAGAUCCGGGCGUCGACCGACAACGACGACGCCCCGCUGCUGCAGGACGUCGAGCACCACAUCUCGGCCCCCGAGGUCGAGCGGUCCUUCUCCGGCAUGAACAUCGGCUUCGUCGCCGGCGUCAUCGCCCGGGACCGGGUCGCCGCCUUUGAACGCAUCCUCUGGCGCACGCUGCGCGGCAACCUCUACAUGAACCAGGCCGAGAUCCCCGAGCCGCUCAUCGACCCGGCCAACAACGAGCCCGUGCAGAAGAACGUCUUCGUCAUCUUUGCUCACGGCAAGGAGAUCCUCGCCAAGAUCCGCAAGAUCUCCGAGUCCAUGGGCGCCGAGGUGUACAACGUGGACGAGAACAGCGAGCUGCGCAGGGACCAGGUGCACGAGGUCAACGCCCGCCUCAGCGACGUCCAGAGCGUCCUCCGCAACACGCAGCAGACCCUCGAGGCCGAGCUCACCCAGAUCUCGCGCUCGCUGUCGGCCUGGAUGGUCCUCGUCGCCAAGGAGAAGGCCGUCUACAACACGCUGAACAACUUCUCGUACGACCGCGCCCGCCGGACGCUCAUCGCCGAGGGCUGGUGCCCCACGCACGACCUGCCCCUCAUCCGCUCGACCCUGCAGGACGUGACCAACCGCGCCGGCCUGUCGGUGCCGUCCAUCAUCAACGAGAUCCGCACCAACAAGAAGCCGCCGACGUACCUCAGGACCAACAAGUUCACCGAGGCCUUCCAGACCAUCGUCAACGCCUACGGCACGGCCACGUACCAGGAGGUCAACCCGGCCAUUCCCGUCAUCGUCACCUUCCCCUUCCUGUUCGCCGUCAUGUUCGGCGAUCUCGGCCACGCCAUCAUCAUGCUCUGCGCCGCCCUGGCCAUGAUCUACUGGGAGAAGCCGCUCAAGAAGGUCACGUUUGAGCUCUUCGCCAUGGUCUACUACGGCCGCUACAUCGCGCUCGUCAUGGCCGCCUUCUCCAUCUUCACCGGUCUCAUCUACAACGACAUCUUCUCCAAGUCCAUGACCCUGUUCGACAGCUCGUGGAAGUGGGACGUCCCCAAGAACUACCACCCGGGCCAGACGGUCCGCGCCGUCAUCCGGGACGACAACUACCGCUACCCCUUCGGCCUGGACUGGCGGUGGCACGGCACCGAGAACGACCUGCUCUUCACCAACAGCUACAAGAUGAAGAUGAGCAUCAUCCUCGGCUGGGCCCACAUGACGUACUCGCUCUGCUUCUCCUACAUCAAUGCCCGCCACUUCAAGCGGCCCGUCGACAUCUGGGGCAACUUCGUGCCGGGCAUGAUCUUCUUCCAGUCCAUCUUUGGCUACCUGGUCGUCUGCAUCAUCUACAAGUGGUCCGUCGACUGGUUCGCCAUCGGCAAGCAGCCCCCCGGCCUGCUGAACAUGCUCAUCUACAUGUUCCUGCAGCCCGGCUUCAUCGACGUGCCGCUCUACCCCGGCCAAAAGUACGUCCAGGUCGGCCUCCUGCUCCUCGCCGUCAUCCAGGUGCCCAUCCUCUUGUUCCUCAAGCCGUUCUAUCUGCGCUGGGAGCACAACCGCGCCCGCGCAAAGGGUUAUCGCGAGAUCGGCGAGCGUUCGAGGGUCAGCGCCCUGGACGAGGAUGACGAGGGCCUCGUUGGGGGCGCCGCCAACGGGAACCGGCACAGCGUGGACAGCGCCGGCGAAGGCGUCGCUAUGAUCGCGCAGGACCUGGAUGACGACGACGAGGCCGGGGACGGCCACGGCCACGGCCACGGCGGGGAGUUUGAUUUUGGCGAAGUUAUGAUUCAUCAAGUCAUUCACACGAUCGAAUUCUGCCUCAACUGUGUUUCGCAUACGGCGUCCUACCUCCGUCUCUGGGCCCUCUCGCUUGCCCACCAGCAGCUCUCGGCCGUGCUCUGGUCCAUGACGAUGGGCCCGGCCCUCAAAGCGACGGGUAUCGGCGGCGCCAUCUUCCUGGUGGUGGUGUUUGCCGCGUUCUUCUGCCUGAGCUGCAUCAUCCUGAUCAUCAUGGAGGGUGUUUCUGCUAUGCUUCACUCGUUGCGUCUGGCGUGGGUCGAGUCCUUCUCCAAGUUUGCCGAGUUUGCCGGGUGGCCGUUCGCGCCGUUCUCGUUCAAGCAGUUGCUGGAGGAAUCAGAGGAGUUGAAGGAAUAUCUGGGUUGAGAUUAGAUCGAGGGUACAAGGGGAGCAGUGGAAGUGUGCGUGUAUCGGUAUGGUAUCAGCAUGCAUUGCAUAGAUCAAUUGGGCAAUCUUCUUUUUGUCUGUCU